AUGGCUUCGACGGUGAUUGUUGGCGGUGGCAUCAUAGGUAUUGCAACGGCAUAUUAUUUGUCCCAACAUCAACCAGGUUCGACAAUCCACCUUGUUGACUCAUCUUCCGAGCUGUUCGCCUCUGCCUCAGGAUACGCUGGAGGCUUUCUCGCCAGGGACUGGUUUCACGAGGAUCUUGCGUCUUUGGGAGCUCUUAGCUUUGAUGAGCAUGAGAAGUUGGCGGAGCAGUAUGAUGGGCGUGAGAAGUGGCUGUACGCCAAAUCAGUUACUGUGAAUUAUGAGCUACCGAGGAAGAAGCCCAAGGGUUACGGAGGAAAAGAUUGGUUAUGUGAAGGCGGAAGUCGUGCGGAUCUAGUAGAUGAGAAGGGACAGGUGAAGGAUAGGAAUAGUCCGCCCUGGCUGAAGCGUGUGAAGGGUGAUGUUCUUAGCCUGGUUGAUGAAGGUGAAGGAACCGCCGUUCUUGACCCUCUGAAACUAUGCCAAUUUCUCCUUGAAAAGUGCGCAGACUGCCACGAUGAGCUAUCAUAUGUCCGCAUUGGCUAUACAGACUGUUCUUCAGAAACGAAUAUUCCAGCUACUCGUAUACUGGUCUGCGCUGGGGCCUGGACACCAAAUGUUCUGGAAUCUAUGUUCCCAGGGUCUCACAUCAACAUACCAGUCAUGAGCCUCGCAGGCCACUCACUCGUGGUGCAAAAUCCCCAAGAUAUAGGCGACACGUUCCAUUCAGUAUACACCACCAUGGAUACAUUCUCACCCGAGAUCUACGCUCGACCAAACGGACACAUUUGGCUCGGCGGCGUGAACGCAUCAAUACGCCUACCGCCAUUAGCGACGGGCGCAAAGCCUAUAGACUCAUCCCUCGAUAAGUUAAAGGACCUGGCGAAGCAGAUAAUCGAGACUGAAGGCGAAGAGCUGAAGAUAUUACGCACGGGACUGUGCUUUCGACCUGUCUCGGAGAGGGGGACGCCUUAUAUCACGAGGAUAGAGGAUUUCGAUCUACGGCAGGGCUAUAGUACGCGAAAAGGGAAGGAUGGUGGUGUUUAUGUUGCUACAGGCCAUGGGCCAUGGGGAAUUAGUUUGUCGUUGGGGACGGGGAAAGCUAUGGCUGAGAUGAUGCAGGGGAGGGAGUUGAGCGCCGAUAUAAGUGAGUUGGGGUACAAUCCGUAUUGA